GUUUCGGUUUCAGGACGACGCAGGGCUGUGUCCACGGAAGCUGAGUUUCCUGAGGACCCAGGCGACGCCGGGAGGAAAAGGAAGUGGCCACAGCAGAUGGUGUAGACCUGGCUCCUGUGGGAUCCUGCUUUUAACUCAUUGGCAGAUGUCCCUGAGCAGGGCCCCAAGGCUGGCAGAGGGCCAGGUCACUCUGGGGGCAGCCAUCUUGCUGCUUGGACUCUGGGCAGUACUGGCUCCAGUCCAGUGCUCUCAAGGCCGUCCCUCAUGGCGCUACAUCUCUUCGGAGUUGGUGAUACCCAGGAAGGAGUUGCACCGAGGCAAGGGUGUUCAGACGCCAGGCUGGCUCUCCUGCAGCCUGCGUUUUGGGGGCCAGAGGCACGUUAUCCACAUGCAGUGCAAGAAGUUAUUUUGGCCCGUACACCUGCUGCUGAUGACUCAGGAUGACCAAGGAGCCUUGCAGAUGGACUACCCCUUCGUCCCUUCAGAUUGUUACUACCUUGGCUACCUGGAGGAGAUUCCUUUUUCCAUGGUCACCGUGGACACGUGCUAUGGGGGUCUUGAAGGUAUUAUGAAGUUGGAUGACCUUGUGUAUGAAAUCAAACCCCUCAAGGAUUCGGAAAGGUUUGAACAUGUGGUUUCUCAGAUAGUGGCAGAUGCCAGUGCAACGGGACCUGCAUAUGGACCGGGACACAAGGAGGAUAGACACCCACUGUUCUCUGAAGCAGAUGUCAGUGCAGCCCCCAGGAGUGGUGCGAGGGUGUUUGCAGCACAUAAGGGAAUUAUGAAAGGAUUCUUCAAUAUUCUAAUUCAGUGUAUCAUGUAUACAACAAUGUGUCUAAGUGUGUAG